GAAGGAAUGUGGUUAGACAGUGAAAUCGGCAGUGCCGCUUCGCUUUGGGAAUUUGAAAACAUUGGGGUUCUAGGGUUUUGUACUCAUUAGGUCAUUAUCAACUCCCAACAGAAUUAGGGUUUUAAAUUUAUAAAUCCCCAAAACCCGUAAGUUAUUUCACAAUGGGAGUUGUUAAGUUGGAAAUUCGCUGCCCUCAAACCGUUAAUGGAAUCGGUCUUGAUCCCGACCCGGAUUGGAGUUUCGAUGCUUUGUUACCAGAGAUCGAUUCCUUGGAAAAGAAGCUCAAUGUCUCUUCUUCAGUUCCUUUGCCUUUUACAAAAACAAAAUCAAGAGAAUUUUAUGCGGAAAAUGGCAUCAAGAGGAGCCCAAAUGCAUUUGUAAUGAGAAUAUCUGAUGAGGAGUUUGAGGAUAGUGAAGGUGAGGCUGAGGAGGUUCAUGAUCGAGGGUUAGUGAAAGCUACACGAUUUAACUGCGAUGAAUUUUAUUUGAGUGAUGAUGAUUCUGACAAUGAAUCGUCUCUUCAAGUACAAACCUACUUCAUGAAUGAGGUGGGAUUGGUGGAGAGUGCUUUAGUUGAGUUAACCCAUGAGCAUCAACUUGGAGUUAGGGAGGAAAUUAGGAGCAAAAUCUCGUCAUUAGAGACAGAUUUCAUGAAUGAGAGCGAAAAGUCUUCCUCUGCACAUGUGAAAGUUGACAAAUAUAGAGAAGCAAGGCGGGAAGUGGAGAGGAAAUUUGAUGUUCAGUAUCAACGCAGACUUGCAGAAGCACUUGAUAAUCACUUGACUGCUGUCCAGCGGGACCAUGAACUCAAAUCACAAAUAGCAGAAAGGAGAAUACGAAGUGAUGCAGCACAUGAAGAGGCCAAGAGAAGGGAAAAGGCACUUCAAGAAGAAAGACUACGCCAAGAAAAGGCCAAAGCUGAGGCAGAGAUGCAGGCUAAACUUAAAGCUGAGGAAGCCAAAAGAGUUGCUUUGGAAGCUGAGAGGAGAGCAGCAAAAGAAGCAGCAGAAAGGGAAGCAGAUAAAGCCUCAAAAGCUAAUACUUCUGAAGUGUCACAAACAGAAGCUUUAGGAGGCCCAACGGCAACUAGUUCAGUAGUUUUAAAUGCUCAGCCCAAGGGCUCUGAUGCUGAUAAAACAAUGAAGUCAUAUUCAGCAGGUAACAUGCUCAGGGCUGCAGAGAGUGCUUUAAAUCUAGAGAGGGAAAGACUACAAAAGUUAAAAGAGUUGGAUGAAAGAAACCAAUCACUGAGAUCAAGCUCAAAUGAGGAUUUUGGCAGCACUGAAAGGCAUAUUGCGAGGUUGAUAAGACAAAUAAGGGGUACAAAAGACAAUGUCAGAACAAAAGCCACUGAGCUUAUAAAGAUUUUCAACAAUCCUCGUUGCCCUCAGACCAUCAGCAUUGCAUCUUUUGCUAAGAAGGUUGUUUCUCACUGUGAAAGCCCUGAUAAUGCUGCCUUUGCCUGUGGUCAUGUCAUUGUCCUUGUAACAUCGCAGUUCCCACAAGCAAUGGAUCUUCUUGUUGCUGAACUACAAAGGGCUUGCAUUUACACUGUCCCAAAGCAUAUAUCAUACUCAAAGUCGGCAUUUGAAUCGAAAGUGGCAUACUGGAAGGCUAUAGGAUACCGAGAAGACGAUGGGAAGAUUGAAAGUACGAAGGAUUAUUUGAAACGGUUGGAAUCUUACAUGAAGCUGUACGGGGCACUGGUUCAGACUGAGGUUGCAGGUGGCCAAAAUGUUCAUGGGCUUAAGGAAGGUUGGGCAUGGCUUGCUAGGUUCCUAAAUGCACUCCCUGCCAAUAUUUAUACUGCUGUGGCUUUGAAUGCAUUUCUGCAAAGUUUGCUUGGUUAGUGGAGACAUAAUUUCCAUUGGGUUAAUAAUAGAUCUGGGGUUUUAAAGAUGGCAGGCUUUGCUCUCUUCAGAAAAUACAAAUCUCAGUUCAUGAAGUUGCUGAAUAUCAUCUCCGAGAACUUUCUAAAUGCCUUGAGAGCCCAACAAGAUCCAGAGCUGAGGCCUAUUAUGGCCGAGAUUCAGUCUUACUUGGAAGAUAAGAAAUUCCUUCAAGAACCAGAGGGAAGGGCUUUGCAAGGUUCUUUGUUAUCAAGUGUCAUGGUGCCUGACUCAGAUUACCAAGAGUCGUAUCAUCAACCAAACAGAUAUUUCUACUAAAUGAUUGAAGCGAGAAAUAUUUUCUUGCACUUCUUGUGUUAAGAGUAGGGCAAAAACGCCUUAUGAGAAAGAGGAAGCGCCCCACGGUGGUUUUGUGAUGUUUAUAUUAUUAUGUACUCUGGAGUAGGAAAUGGUUCAGAUGUGGAUUUACAUUAGCCCUUAAAAGGCUUGAACCAAGUUACUCUGCUCAUCCGAAGGCCAAAAUUACAGAAGGUUACCUUUACAAAUGUGAUUGAAAAAAUGGAUGGAAAGUGUUACCAGUCGCCCAUCAUAUUGAAGAGUAAGUCUAAAAAAGGUUUUAAUGUUUAAUGACUUUCUAGAGAGAUAUUAUUCAGUUCACAUCCACAAAAGUAUCCCUGAUUUGGGAAAGACGCAAGCCAAGAAGCAAAAUGAAAAAAAAAAAAA